AUGCAAGUGUUGCAGCAUCUCGACACCUCGAAUAGCGGUGGCAUUUCCGAGCGUUGUUUCGAGCACCUCUCGCGAUGCUCGUCACUCGAGUCACUCGAAUGCGGACUCAAAAUCAGCGAAGAAACCGUACGUAAUGCCGUCGCAGAGUGGUGCGGUACCGGAACACUAGUCAAUUGUCCAUCACUCAAAAAGGUGGUGGUCGAUGUUAAGCUACCGGCAAUCGUCACCUCCGAGGUAACUUGCGAUUCACAACAAACAAACAAUUCCAACAACAUUGCAUUUAAUUUAGUCACCAAAUUAGCAACACAAAACUAA